ACCACUCGAAGUGCCCAACCGUGACUACGAAUAUCCCCAAGUUACUGGGCACUGUCAGGAUUUUUCUUCGGGCAGACACCUAGCAGCCCCAGAACGUUUUACUUUCGGAGUGCCGUCCACUUCAUUGGUUGAAGAAGGCGCUGCUACCCCCUUUUUUGGGCGCAUACCAUCGGCCGCUCGCCAGCGAACAUCGCACGCUUGUGAAAAAUGUCGAGAAAGGAAAACUAAGUGCUCUGGUGAGCGUCCCGUAUGUCAGAGAUGUGCUGCGCGUGCUCUCAUAUGCGAGUACUCGACUCUAAAGGAGGUUAGACGAACACGUUGUAGCCGAAUGCGUCAUGGAACCAAUGUGACAGUCAUGGAUUUCAAUUCUACGGAGGACGAGCAGAGGUCGGGGGAAAGGGAAGCAAAAACUACAACAAUGUCCAUAAAGCCUACCUACGUGGACGUCUCUGAAACACUACAUGCAGGCCAGCAUCAUGGUGCUCAAGCCCAAUUUUCGCAGUAUUGUCCGGCUCUAUCGUCGUCCACUUCUGCCAGUACCACAGGUGGUACAUGGCAGUUCACCGAGCCUGAAACCCCUGUGACGAGUAGUGGUGGGAGGUUGAUGCCAUCUACUAGCGAUGUUCAAGCUACCCCUCGUGCACUCGACGAGGGGUUCCUCACGUCAUACGUAUCCAUGUUCGAUCAAUACAUACAAUGCCCUAUCUUGGAUUCCAAUAUAAACCCUGCACUCUGGUGCAGCGUUCGAAAUGACGACUACGAUUUUGUCUCAGAAGCCAUGUCGUCCACAUCUUCAUCGGAGAGCUUAUUAAAUGCGUUCGACGAUCUUCCGGAGACACUGUGGCCUACGAGCAUGAGGAGCCAAUCAUUGAACUCCUCUUCUUGCAGUAGCGGCUCCUCAGCCUCAGCCGUCAUGUCUCCUUCGCCAACUCUAACGAAUCAAUCUACGUCACUUGAUAGGAGGCUUACUCCUCUUGGCUCGCCCUCAUCUGAGAGCAUUGGACAAUUGGAGUUAUUUUCCGAUAAUGGUGUCGACGAAGCUAGGUUCCUAUCGGACGAAGGGAAUCUCAUGAGAGAAUACUAUGCAAGAUUGCAACAUAAUGAAGAUAUGGGUUUACAGUCACUAAACGCUAUAAAACUCGAGUAGAUUUUUCAUGAACGAGACGACUAUGAAAACAUUGGCGCUGGGACGAAGAUACGACUACGGUAUAUACUGCAUAUUCCUUCAUUACAUACACUCUUGAUGUUGGAGUACGCGAAACAACAAACGGAAAGGAGGUAAUAGGACAAAAGCAUAGGACAUCAAAAACGUUUGAACAUGGCAUAAUUUUUCAAAAGAAACCAUAGUAUUUUCCAAGCUGUGGGACAAUGCUGCUAUCAU